AUGGCAGUCUCCAAAGAUCAUUAUUACCGUCUCGCAUCUGAGCUUGAGGACGAGCGAAUCUCGGCAGCUUCCGAGCUGAUCACUGAGCUCCGUGACAGCGACUCACAAAAGGAGUGGGAUUAUGCUCUCGACAGACUGAUUAGGGGUCUCGCUUCUUCGAGAGCGGGAGCCAGAUUGGGAUUCUCACUGUGUUUGAGUGAAAUUCUUUACGAGCUGAUUGCAGUUAAAAAGACGUACAACAUGGAAAGUUUUCUGGCAGAUCUGAGCCAGAAAUUGGCGAGCUCUGUCAGCAACAAAAAUACAGGAAAGAACGCCAGAAGCCUAAUUUUCGGAGAGCUUUUCGGUCUUCAGUCACUUCUCAACUCCAGAGUUGUGGACCAGGAUUUGAGAUCGGGAAAUACGGAAAGCUACACAAAGAUCAUCAAGAAACUGAUAGAUUUAUCGUUGUUCAGGCCUUGGAUCAGAGAGGCCUGUUUUGCAACAAUCUACCGCUCGUUAUUGUCAUUUGGGAUACCACAGAAUCCAAAAUACACGAAUAUUAUUGUACACUUGCUGGAAAAGACCAACUCUGCGGGUCUUACACUAACAACCGAGGGAUUGUUAGUCGCAUUGAGCAUUCCGCCAGAAAGACGUCAGACUGUAAUGGGGCUCGCUAAGAUGGACAAAUGGCAGCAUGGGAACCCACUUGCAAAAGGAAAUUUGCCAACCUUGUCCAAAAUAAUGAAGGAUAUUGAUGUGGUGGCAGAUGAUGAAGACCAAUCAAAAAAGAAAGGUAAUUGGACUAGAGCACUUCAUUUUGUAUGGACACCUCUUUUGGCCGAACUGAUCGACAACUCUAACAAGGAGGAACAUAUUUCGAAGGAGCGCAAAUCAAAGAAACAAAAGACCGAACCUAAAUUCAUCAAAUUAGCAGAGUUUUGGAAAGCUUGCAUAGACGACCAAUUUUUUGCACAGUCAGCUUCUCCAGAACGGAAGUACAAAGGCCUCGAAGUGUUGAACACUGUUCUUGAUCUCAAUACCCUCAAAGGAGACCAAGUUGAGGUUGUUUUGUCUGCCAAUCUGAUGCGGACACUAAUUAAUCAAAGCUCUAACCCUGACCGUUUACUCAACAAAUUGGCUAGGAACACUCUUUCUCAUCUAGUGAAAACGUGCGCUAUGAACCAAAACAGAAUAGUUCCUACCUUGAGAAGCAUACUUAGAGUUUCCUUGAAUUUUGAUAGACUGACAAAAUCAAAGAUAACAAAUGAGUUGAUCAUGUCUGCAGAUAAUGAUUAUACAAUUGCAGAGAUCGCCCAAUUUCUAAUUUCACUCGAGCAUUCUGUCAAUGAAGACAUCAUCAAGUACCAAAUUUUUGCACUCGACUCUCUGUUGCACUUAGUGAGGGCGAAGAAGUCUGUCAUCUCCAAAACAGAGAUCUACGAAAACAUCAUUGAUUAUUUGAUCGAACACAGCUAUGUGAAGAAGGAGUCUGAUGACAGAUACUCCGAUAGAAUGGCCACGUGCUCGCUGGAAAGACUGUACUCCAUUCUUCUAGAAAUCAUGUCAAGUGGCCACAGCCAGGGCAAAAUGUCUUGGCCAUACUACGCUGUAAGCAAACUUGUUGAUAAAGACGCCGAUCUGUCGGACUCGGAGUUUGUCCUUAGACAGGAGUUCGAGGACGAUCUCAAAGAUCUCAAGGUGGAUUGUGUCCGGAUGGUGGAGGCUAUUUGCGAGCUGAAAGCCUCUGAAGACUCUAAGUUGCUUGAAUCUUUUGAGAUUCUCCUAUCUGUUGGGCUGUUACAGCUCUAUUCUGGCGAUGAGGAGUCGGGAUCAAUUUUAACUGACCUGAAAGCGGCAUUUGAAAACUAUACCGAUUCUAGCGCCGAACAGUUGCUGAUCGACACGUUGGUGGAUCUAGUGCUUUCAUAUUUGACCCAAAAAUCGUCGCUGAUGAAAAAGGUGGCCGCUACAGUGUGGGAGAACCUGGUCGACAAAAUUGAAGAACCUGAGCUGCAGCGACUCUUUGAGGUUUUGCUCACUAAAGAAAACAAAGAGGGACAAGAAAAGCUGUUCAAUAAUGACGGCGAAGAAGGCGAACAUGACUCGGAGGAGAUUGAGCAAUCAGGGUCGGACUCUGAAGACGAGUCUGUGGAUGUGGUGACGAGCGACUCUGAGGAUCCUAUUGAGUUUGAUGAGGUUGACCAGAAGACUACUAACGAGCUUGCACAGGCUCUUGGAGUGGCCAAUGGUGAUGACAGCUCUGACGACUCAAGCAAUUCGUCAGACGAGUCGGAAUCGGAUGUGGAAAGUAUGUCUGACGAGCAAAUGAUGGCUAUCGAUUCGACGCUGUCCAGAAUAUUCAAACAACGUCGAGAGGCUCUUACGGCCUUAGAAGCAAAGUCUGGCAACCAGAGGAAAGAAGAGGUGCAAAAUGCUCGUGAACUGAUGAUAUUUUUCAAAAAUCGCGUUUUGGACCUGCUGGAGAUAUUCUGUACCAAGAGACCAGGCGACAAAUCUAAUUUGAAAAUCGCCAUUGUACUUUUGGAUCUAAUGGCCUUGACCUUGGAGAAACAGGUAGGCGAAAAAGCGCAUAAGCUCAUCAAAAUAAUUACAAGAAGUCCUAUCACGGUGUCUAAACAAAACAAGUCGGAAUUAUUAGCCGGCUUGAGAGAGAUACAAGAGAGAGCAGCCACCAAAUCAAAAUUCCGUGCGCACUCGCUGGCCUGCAACCAACUGUCACUGUAUAUUGUGCGAAGCAUGGUGGCAUUCGAUAAAAACACAAUCCCAGAGUUAUUGGAGGUGUAUUUCGAGAGCAUCAAGGACUGGGCAAUGAACCCGUCCAACAAAACCACCACCAAUAUGUACUUCGAUCUUCUCAACUGGCUAAAUGACAGAAGAGAGAUACACUGA